UUCCUCCCCUGUACCACUGAGUGGGCACAUUUCCGUGAGUGUCGUCUUGAGGUCCAUGUAGUCAUACCUGCGUAUCUCUGUUUAGCAGAAUGGCGUUUUACACUGUGAGGUGGGGUCCUCUUUUAGCCUUGAAGUAAUACCAUAGAUGUCGGACAAUAGUACAUUUGAACCGCGAAAGGCUUCACGUGCAUAUUGAGAUAGUUAGCUUGUUACGCUACGUGGCUAACGUUUGGCCGCUUAUGUGAAGAAUGAAGACCGCUAACGGCAACACGAGUGUCAUGGACAUGUUUGAAAAGGGACAAGUACUGAAAAUUUGUGCCCCAAUGGUUCGAUACUCAAAGCUUGCUUUCAGGUCCUUGGUUAGGAAGUACAACUGCGAUAUCUGCUUCACUCCAAUGAUCGUUGCAGCUGACUUCUUGCGCUCAAUCAAAGCCAGAGACAGUGAAUUCACUACUAAUGAACGUGACCGACCACUGAUAGUGCAGUUUGCUGCCCAUGAUGCUCAGAGUCUGGCUGAUGCAGCCUGUGCAGUGGCACCUUUCUCAGAUGGAGUUGACCUCAACUGCGGCUGCCCCCAGAGGUGGGCUAUGUCAGCUGGGUAUGGUGCAUGCCUCAUUAACAAGCCAGAACUUGUUAAAGACAUGGUGAGACACGUCAGAAAUCAAGUGGACAAUCCAAACUACACAGCAUCAAUUAAAAUAAGAAUUCACAAGGACCUAAGGCAGACAGUGGAUCUAUGUCAAAAGGCUGAAUCAGCCGGUGUGUCAUGGAUAACAGUCCAUGGUCGUACAACAGAAGAACGCCACCAACCAGUCCAUUACGAUGCUAUAAAGACAAUUAAAGACAGUGUUUCUGUCCCUGUCAUUGCCAACGGCGACAUAAAGUAUCUCCGGGAUGUGGAGUCAAUCCACGAGCUCACAGGUGUUGAUGGUGUCAUGGCUGCACGUGGGUUACUUGCUAACCCUGCUAUGUUUGCUGGCUAUGAGGACACUCCUUUGCAGUGUAUAUGGGACUGGGUGGACAUAUCUGUUGAACAGGGCACUCCAUUCACAUGCUUCCACCAUCAUCUUAUCUACAUGCUGGAGAGGGUUAGCUCGCAGCCGGAGAGAAAAGUGUUCAAUUCUCUGUCCAGUACUUCAGCUGUAAUAGAUUACCUCCAGAAUACAUAUGGAUCAGUACAUGAUCUCAAGACAUGACCACAUUGAAAAUUAACGGCGUGACUUUAGUUUUUAUUGUUAUUGUUUUUAUGCUCAAUAAAUUUUU